CAAAGUCGCAUUCGUCCCGUUGCAGCAAGCGGGCAGCGUGCAUGGCGCGGCAUGGAGACUACCUCUGGCUUGCAGUCCAAGGUGGUACGGGAUUUGGCGUGGCUGAUCCAAGCGCCACCCGUGCUCUCGGAGCAUGCCGGCAUGCAGCUGCUGGCCUUGCCAGACGCUGCAGCUGAGAGGGCGACACAGGACUGGCUGGUCUCCUUGGACCAGGACCCGCAGGAGUUGCUGUCGGCCUUGGGCGCUCAGUCCGGCGUGCGGCGCCUAGGCUUCUACGCGGCGGCGCUGACCCAAUUUUGGCUGGAAAACGGGCCUUCUUGGGACACCCGCCGCUCCUUGAGCGCGGUGCCGCUGAGCUCUGGCCGGUCCAGGAUCACUGCUGGGCAGCUGAAGCUGGUGUGCCUGCGCCCGAGGGAGGCGCUGCACGUGGAGAGCUCCGUGAAGUUCUUCGCGGACGCCAGCUCUGAGGAAGCGCCGGACCUGGGCACCAGCUCCUAUGUGGGCCCCUUCCUCCACGAGAACUUGGCCUGGCGCCUGGCGGAGGCCCGACGGAAGGUCACCUGCACCGAGAGCCUCUCGGUGCAGGACUUCUUGCGGCGGGAGCUCGGGCAGGUGCAGCUGCGCUCCGUGUACUUCCUCAAGGGUUACAUUUUCAAGCCCCUGGAGGAGUUCCGGAGGUUUCGGAAGUUGAGAUCACCACCAAAGGAGGUGAACCCUGAGUGCUCCACGGGGUGGUACACCACCGACAUCUCAGCGGCGCUGAAUCUAACACCUGGUGCCCGCCUGGCGGUCUUGCCGAAGCUUUUCUGGCUGGGCCCGGCGGUGGCGCGAGGCGACCCCCCGGUGAUUUUGGGGGAGGACCUGCCAGGGCAGCAGGAGGCGGUGGCUACGGACUGGCCGGACAAAGUGCGGCAAGAUGUGGAGGAACACUUCGGCAAAGUCCAGUCAGCCCUCUUGCUUUGCGAGCUGAUGCCCUCGACCGACGGGCUUUGGGUGGAGCACUCAAGAGGCUUUGUGCUUCCACCUGUGUGGGACCCCACAUCGCUCAUGACCGGGCAGCCGCAGGGCAUGAAGAGCACCGCGGAGCAUGAGCCCAGUGCACCGGACGCCCCCAGCAAGUGGUCCAACCAGCGCCGGAAGUACUCGGAGCGCCUGGCGGACACGGCGCGCCAACCGGCGCCCUCCCUUGCGGAUGCGGGAGUUCACAUCGCAGUGCCGCAGCGCCUCAGCGAAGAUCUCACGGCCCAGCACCUCACCAGCUACGUGCUCGCCGCCAAGAGCGCUGCACGCAAGGGCGACGGGUCACGGAUCCAGCGGAAGCGGCUUCUGCAUGGCGCGGUUCAGGAGAGCGAGGCCGCCACGCCGGGCUCGGUGUGCCGCCUCGUGUCGGAGGCCUUGCAGCAGCUGGUGGAGGUGAGCCACCCCAGCGAUAGCCACUUCCUGCUGGAGCUGCUGGUGAAGCCCUCGGAGGUGGGUUUGGCGGUCAGGGACUGCUCUCUUACCUUCGAGGCGCAGCCGUGCGCGGCGCGCCGCAUCCUGGACCUCGGCAUCGCGGGCGGCGUUUGCCUUCGCCUCGCGGUGAAGUUCGCGUUUCGCUUCCAGUUCUCCUGGGACUCGGUGGACACGGCUUCCGCGGCUUCGCUCUUCGAGGCGGCCCUUGCCAGCGACCGCUCGCGCCUGGCGGGGCUGGUGGAGUACUUGGCCGCCUGCUCUUCGCUCACUCUGCCGGUCGGCUCGGAGCUGUCCACGGCGAUUCUCCAGAAGUUGGCGCUGCCCCCCGCGGACUUCGCUGUGCUGGACCUGCUGUGCCAGCACAGCCCGGAGCACACCAUGGAGCUCACAGACAUUUUGGUCUCCCAUGGCCAGCUGAAGUUGGCUCGGAAGAUCGAGGCACGGCGCGGCGACGGAUCCGCGCCGCGUGUGGCCGUGCACGAAUCGCCGGAAGAGUUGCCGGAGAUCCGCCUGCCAGCGGAGGUGGAGGUCUCGCUGAUCUCCGAUGGCUGUGGCCUGGAUGCCUUGCUGCAACACCUCGCGGAAGCCGGCGAAAGCGUGGUGGGAAUGGAUGCGGAGUGGAAACCCUGGGAAGGUCGCGGCAGCGACAGAGGCGGAAGCCCGGUGCAGCUGUUGCAGCUUGCGUGGGCAGAGGUGGUCUACCUGCUGGAUAUGCCAGCGCUGGUGGCAGAUGCUGAGCUGAAGCUAGUGCAGCUGCUGGAAAUCUUGUGCAGUCCCAGCUGCAUUUUGGUUGGCUUCAACCUCGAGGGCGAUCUGCGGCAAUUGGCGGAUUCCUACCCCUGGCUGAUGUCGGGCGCCUGGCGGUCCACCAUCGAAGCGGUUGAGAUGUCGGGGACCAGCGCCUCUUUGGACGGUCUCUGCGCUUCGGUGCUGGGCCUGCGCUUGGAGAAGUCCCAGCAGCGGUCGAGGUGGGACCUGCGGCCCUUGAGCGCUCAGCAGCUGGCCUACGCGGCGCUGGACGCCUGGGUGCUGCUGGCGCUGCUCGGCGCCAGAGACUCUCACCUCGAGCUUCCUUCGCUUCGGACCUUGGCGAGCCUUCCCUACGGCCACGCGAAGAGGUUCACGCGACGACUGGAACUUGACGGAGGAGUUUGCGCGGUGGCCAGCACCCUGGCGUCGCUGUCGCAGGGUAAGGCGCUUCAGGCGCUGGUACGCGAGCACCGCUCCCAAGUGGUGGUCUGCAAGACUUUGGCCUGCGUGGCGACUCUCGCCGCAGGUGCCCGCCGCCUCUGCUUGGCUGUCCUGCCGGAAAGUGCCGAAAUGAGCUUGGCCCAGUUGACUUCCUCCCUGGGCUGCGCUUCAGCGCGUCUGGCCUCCACUGAGGAGCUUCGGGAGCAUUUCCGACAGCCGCGGGGCUCGGUGGGGCCCAUCGGCCCCGCACUGCCGUCUUCCGCCUCCACUGACCGUCGCUCUCGCGGGGCGUGCUCAUGCACUGUACAUUGAAGGCCACAGUGGUGCUGCACCAGCCCCUGGCGGAGAACUCCCUCCUGAGCUGCGGCGGCGGAUCCCCGGGCUGGCACCUGAACCUCUCCCCUCAGCAGCUUCAGGACUGGACCGACUGCAUUGUGGCCCCCAUUGUGGCCCCAAUCGCCAGCUGACCGCAUUUUCCGCAUCCCAGCGCCCAGCGCCCGCCUUAAAGGCGAGCGCCAGGACUCGAAAAAUGGUGUUGCUUCAGCGGGCA